CAGGCUCACUGCUAGACAGUCAUUGGUUCCUUUUUUGUAUGUUAGCCUCUCUCUUUCUUUCUGUCUCUCUUUCUUUCUUAAAAAAGCACUGUUAUUCUGGUAACUGUUGGAACAAACAAGUUAGAGUCAGUAAACCAAUUUUAUCGCUGGGAUAUCUUGGAUAUCUUGCUUGAAGAGGAUGUGAUAAAUUAGGGAGAAUGAAAGUCCAUCUUAAGAUUCUCUCUGUUUUUAUAGUUUUGCCCAGUGUGUUGAUGACGUCUGGAAAUGUUUAUGUGAGAACAGUGGGUGAAGGGGUAGACAUCAGAUGUACAUAUCCAGUUGACCAUAAAAAUACACUCAAGUACUUAUGCCGUCAUCCUUGUAAAUCAUCCAAGCAUGUUUUGAUUAAAGCUGCAAAGCCUGAUCUGGUCGUCUCAGAUGGAAGAUACUCUUUGUUUGAUAAUGUAGGUGUACAGACCUUUACUGUAACCAUCAAAAAUCUCAGUAUGACAGACUCUGGUGUUUAUUACUGUGGACUUGAUCGAUGGUUCACUGACACACUGAAUAAAGUUAAUCUAUCUGUUUAUCAAGCAGUUCCUGUGAGCAGAUCUACACACACUCCUGAAAACACACAUAUAACAUCCACAUGGACAACAACGCUCACCUCGGCAGAUAAUUCUAGUUCAUAUGAGCAAUUCUCUUCAGCAUCGCCAGUUGUCCAAUCAAAGGGAUCUACACUACUGGGGAACUCUGUCAGUAUUACUGUAGCUUGUGCAGGUCUUCUGGUGAUGCUGGUGUUUGGGGUUCUUGUGGCGUUAGUGUCUCUCUGCAGGAAAAGAUCAGAUUUAAAGUCCAGAUGUCUGAGACCACCCGUCCCUGAAAAUCCAGUUCAAAAUUCACCAAAUCUCAACCUGGUCUCUCAGACUGUAGAUAAUGGCAGCCACCUCUAUGAUGAAAUUGUAACUGAGUACAGUAUGGUUGGUCUGGCUAGAUAUGGUGAUUCUACUGUGGAGCAUUGUGAUCCUGCACCUCAGAAUGAUGAGGACACUUUGUAUUCAUUUAUCAUGAAAUACUGAGGAUAAAAGACUAGAUCAGUGGCAUUCUUUCCCCCGAAAAUGUAACUCUUAAAACCCUGUUGACAUGAAAUGGUGUA